UUUGCAGCGGGGCCAUGGCCGGGGCCGGGAGCGCAGCGCGGGGGCUGCUCCAGCCCUGCAGCCCGGAGCCCCCACGAGAGCAUCUGGCCCCUCUGGGAAAAGAGAGAGAAGCAGCCAAAGCCGAGGAGCAGCAGCAAAGCCAGGAGCUGCUGAAACAGACGGAAGCCGAGAGGCAGAAGAUCGUCGGGGAGUGGCAGGAGCUGCGUGGGUUUCUGGAGGAGCAGGAGCAGCGGCUGCUGUCCCGGCUGGAGGAGCUAGAGAGAGCCAUUGUCCAGAGAAGGGAUGAGGGCGUCUGCAGCCUGUCGUGGGAGAUUUCCCUGCUCAGCGAGAGGGGAGGAGAGAAGGGGCAGCAGCCGCUGAGCCAACCCCUGCAGGGUGCCGGGAGCGCUGAGAGCAGCAGGGCGGACGGGAUGUUUCAGAAGCCAGAUCCGGGGUUUGCGGAGCUGGAGAAGAGACUCAGCCAUUUCUCUCUGAAAAGCGCCAUGCUGCAGCAGAUGCUGCUGGAAUUCAAAGAGAUGCUGCGACUGGAGCUGGGGAGUGACACAGGCUGCAGAACGACAUCCACCCUUCCCUCCGGAUGGGCCCAGCCUCCCACGGCCGAGGAGCUGGCUCAGAGGCCGGUGACCUUCGAGGAGGUGGCUGUGUAUUUCACCAGGGACGAGUGGGCUCUGCUGGACUCCACUCAGAGAGUCCUCUGCUGGGAUGUCAUGCAGGAGAACUAUGAGAAUGUGACCUCGCUGGGGUCUCCAGUUUCCAGACCUGAGGUGAUGUCCCAGCUGGAACAAAGAGAAGAGCUGUGGGACUCACAUCUUCAGGGCUUGGAGGAAAGAGAGCUCCUGAGAGGAAUUUGCACAGGAGAUGGUGGGAUGGUGAGUGAGAACAAGGAACAGAAUCCAGAGCAGGAAGAUGCUGAGCACGUGGAACUAUGCGGGGGAUUAUCACAAAGAACUCAAGGAAACAUGUCCUGGAGUCGUGAGGAGAGGCAGCCAAAGGAGGAAGUGGGUAAAUCCAUCAGUUGCGAGGAAAAUCACAAGGACCUCAAGGAAACCACUGCCCAGCAGAGAAUCCUGAUGGGAGCGAGAAAAAAUGUGUGUCCUGAGUGCGGGAAAACCUUCCCGCGGCGCUCGCACGUUAUUGAACACCGGAGAAUCCAUACUGGAGAGCGCCCCUAUGAGUGCUGUGAAUGCGGGAAAACCUUCAGUCGUCACUCCCACCUAAUCAGACAUCAGAGGAUCCACACGGGCGAGAGACCCUUCCGGUGCUGCGAGUGUGGGAAAACCUUCACGCGACACUCAACCCUUAUCAAACAUCAGCGAAUCCACAGGAGCGCGCCCCCCUAUGAAUGCUGCGAGUGCGGGAAAACCUUCCCGCGGCGUUCACACGUUGUGGAACACCGGAGGAUCCACACGGGAGAGAGACCCUAUGAGUGCUGCGAGUGCGGGAAAACCUUCAAUCGUCACUCGCACCUAAUCAGACAUCAGAGAAUGCACACGGGCGCAAGCCCCUAUGGGUGCUGUGAGUGCGGGAAAACCUUCACGCGACGUUCAACCCUUAUCAGACACCAGAGGAGCCACAGGGGGGUGCCCCCCUAUGAAUGCUGUGAGUGUGGGGAAAUCUUCACUCAGUGCUCAGAUUUUAUUAUACAUCAGAGAAUCCACGCGGGAGAGAAACCUCCGAGUGUGGGAAAACCUUUGCUGGACAGUCACAUCACAGAACCCACACAGGCGCCAGCCCCCAGGAAUGCUGAUCGAUCAGCUCUUAUUAAUCAUCAGAGAAUCUAACAAGGAGAGAGACCCUAUGAAUGUUGUGGGUGUCGGAAAACCUUCAUUUUUCACUCAGACCUUGGGAGACAUCUAAGAUCCACAUGGGAUAGACACCGUAGACCAGUGGGCACCAACCUGUCGAUUGCGUGGCUCCGGGGUGGGGAAGGGGUCUCCGUGCCCUGCUCCUGCUUGCAAGCUCCCACUGGCCAUGAACAGGGAACUGUGGCCAAUGGGAGCUUUGAGGGUAGUGCCUGCAGAAAGGGGCAGCAUGCAGAGCCACGUGCCCCCCGUACCCACCCAGGGGCCACAGAGGUGCGUUGGCCCCUUCUGGAAGGGGCCAGGGCAGGCAGGGAGCCUGCCUUAGCCUCCCUGUGCUGUCAUCCUCAGUAAGUGCUGCCCAGUGGGAGGCUGCACCCCAGCCCCGUCCCAGAGCCAGCACCCCAUACCCCCUCCUACAUCCCAAACCCCUGCCCCAGCUCUGAGCCCCCUCCCAGAGCCAGUACCCCAUACUCCCUCCUGCACCCCAAAACUCUGCCCCAGCCGGGAGCCCCCUCCUUCACCCAGAGCCCACACCCUCUCCUGAACCCCAACCCUCUGCCCCAACUUGGUGAAAGUGAGUGAGGGAUGGGGAGAGCGAGUAAUGGCGGGGAGGGGAGAUGGAGUGUGUGGGGUUUUGGGGAAGGGGCAGGGCCUAGGGGAAGGGACAAGGUAGAUCCUGGGUUGCUCUUACAUUCAAAAAGUGAUCUUAGGCGUAUAAAGUUUGGAGGCCACUGCUGUAGAUGCUCCGAGUGUGGGAAACGCUUCCAUCAGAGUUUACACCUUAUUUAUCAUCAGGGAAUCCACAAGUUAGAUAAACAGCAUAAACACCUAAAUAUUGUUGCUAAUUCCCACAUGUGGCCUUUAUGCUGUCGGUGCGAUUUCCUUCAUUGUGGCCUCAGCUCUCCCGGGUGAGUGGUCCGGUUUUGCUUUUUGCAGCUCUUGAAUCCCCAAAGAGCCUUCCUAUCUACUGCUUUGUUCCAUGAGUCAUGGGAGUACGAGUCCCGCCCCAGAUGGGGGGGAACAGAAACCUGCAUGGGCCUGGUGUCAUUAGCAUUUUUUGUAGUUAGCCAGCUCCAGUGAGCCAUCAGAUGUAAAAUCACAGCUGUGUUUUCUAUACUGACAUGUCCCAAGUACAAUAUCUUUCCUAGUUUAGAAUCCUGUUGCUAAUUUAUCAUGAUGCUAAAACUUUUGCAAAUACAACUGAAUAACAACGAGAGAGCGCUGAGUGAAGCAGGUUUCAGUGGAUCAGAGGACAAUGCUCUGGGAAAAUCUGUGGUCCUGAUUCUGAGUCAUCAGAUGUAACCUGCCCUAGAAUCUCAUUCUAUCUGAAACAGAAAAUGUCUUACACCCCUCUGAGAUGGAGAUUUUUUCUCUCUUUCCUGAAGGCUGGUUGGCCACACAACUGGAUAUUAGUUUUCUUUGGCAGAAUGUAGUUCAGAUUUAUUGAGGAUUUGGAGACAAAUUCCCAUUGAUUUAUUUUUGCUUUUCUCCUACGCCUCCGUGAUGUCAUGGGGAAAAUUCAAAUGCAACUCAGUCAGCUGGAGCGAAUAGUCCCAGUUAUGGGACAUGCUACCAAAGAAAUGGCAGUGGUUUGAAAUCUCCAGUCUGAAAUGGUGAAGAACAGUGCACCCCAAACUGUACAACUAACUUAAGUAACUGGAUAUAAUCACAGGGUUGUUCAGUUAUUUAGGUCAAUAUUAUUUCAGAUCAUCCGGGGAGAGAGUUUCACAGUAAGGAGCUAUGCAAAAUACCCAUGUACUUGUUUCCUAAAACAGUUGUGACCCAGGCCCUCGAGGUGGUUACUCCUGAAGAUAUCUCCCAGCUAAUCCUAAUGUUUGGGAAAUACUGUCUCUAGCAAUGCAGUUGUGCAGAAAAUAGAAGUGGUUUUUGUUGCUUUUGAAUUCACCCUUUGCAAUGCUUCGAAUGUGUAUAAAAUGAGAUCAGUGUUUAAUGUGAGACAGCUGCAGAAAAAUUACUCGUUUUGAAUAGAAACCCCACCUCUGGUUCUGUAUAGUGAGUCUCACCCAGGCUUGUGUCUCGUUUCUGAUUUAAACAGGUGCAAUUGGAUGAAGGAAAUAAACUUGGCAUAUUUGGAGAAGCCAUUCCUCACUAACA